AGUCAACACCUUGUGUUUGUAUAAAUACUGUACGAGAACGGCCAGAGACGCGCACCACUCAAUCUGCCUCGGGCUACUAAGGACGCAUAAGCUGCAAAGGAGAGACCACUGCUGUCAUCAUGAGGAAGCUCCUGGUUUGUGCUGUGCUUCUUGCACUUCUUGCCAUCGGUGCCGAGAGUAGCCGCGUGGCCAGGCAGGCUGAGGAGGAGGGAGAUCAGGGCACCGCAGCCAGAGUGAUGAACACCCUCAGAUCCUACUACGACCAGACCCUCAACACCGCCGGAGGAUACCUGGAGGAUAUCAGGGAGUUGAAACUGGAGGAGAAAGCCAAGAACCUGUACGUGGAGACCACCACAGCUGUCAGGACCUACACUGGGGUCAUGCAGGACCAGCUGUAUCACAUGGUCGGGUCCCAGUAAAUAUCCCAGACUUCAUAUACCGACUCAGUCCAAAUUUAGGACAGACCAUCUCUGAUGCUGCAAGCUAGCUAGCUAGCAUGGCUUGGCUGACAUCAUCUAAACUCUAGUUGAGGACCAGUGUGUUGGCACACUCAUCAACAAGGUCUCAACAGUUUCUCACUGCAACAGGAAACUCACAGCUAACCUACUUCACAUAGAAUUCAAUGAUUCAACUGUAUUGAUAUUUACAUCAAUCAGUCAUACAAAUAUGGUGGAAGCACAUCAGUUCUGUGGAAAUGAUUGACACAAGUUAUUCCAUGCCAUUCGUUCAAGUGAACUGUCAUGCAAUAAAAAAAACAUGCUGGUUUGAAAA